AUGGGUGGCCGCCGCGAAAGCGCUGUCCGCUUGCUUGAGCAACUGCAGCAGCAAGACGCCUCGGCAAGCUUUACGGCACAACGCAUCGAGCAGCUGAAUGUUGAUCUGGCUCAGGUCGAGCGCGAGCAGCGCGAGCUUCAGCAGCGUAUUGAGGUGCUGAGCGCCCGUCGAACGCAUCUUGACAGCGAGGCAGCGCGGAUCGAGCAAAAAAUCACCGCCGAACAAGUCCAGCUCCAAACCUCGACCACGCAAUGUGAUCAUGUGACUCAGCAAUGCCUCGACACGCAGCGCAAGGUCUUGCGCCUCAUUCACAUGUACCAGAAGCAAAGCCUGCGCACCACCCUCCCCACUGCGCUUCAACAGGAGCUGACGCAGCAAGAGCCUCAUCUGGCAGCACGCCCUGAGGUCAAAGAAGCACCAAGCAAUGUCGACGAACCUGUUGCAACAGCCGAGCAAGCCCCGCAGCAUGGCGCCGACCCACCAGACAUGCAAGCCCCACGCGUGGCCUCACCUGUACAGGAAAAUCGCGACCAAGCUGACAGCCCCGCAAGCAGCCCCCGGCUCCAAGAAGAGCCCAGCUGCAUCGUAGCGCCCACAUCCACAUCACUGCCCAAACCCGAGCCCAAAUCGGUGCCUACCACUCCGAGAAGCGAUCCAUCGCCGAGAGCGCUGGGCAUGAACAUGGACCGCCCCAAUGAGGCGCAGAGCCUUCCUACCUCACCAUCCAAGCGCACGGAGCGCCCACCACUCUCUGUGCCCCCAUUACCCUCGCCCAAGCGCUCCUUUGCCACGCCUUCCUUGAACCAAACGCCAGCACUGGUGAGUGCCGUUGGUAUGAAGCAUCGGGCACCAACAUGCAAACCUGAAGCUAAUCUCUUCUGGCCCUGGCAGCAGCUCGUCCCGGCAGAUCGAUACACCCCCAUGGCAUUUGCGUCGCCGCGCCUGCCGAGCACACCCGUGGCUGGUCUGACUGCUACGAGUCACGGUCGAUCCGCUGCAGCCACGCACGCAGCUCCAUCGACGAGACAAGCAGCAGUUCUAGACCUUUUUCGUGAUCCGCAGCCAAACCAGGAUUCAGGGGCUUUUGCCGAUGCCGUCUUUGAUUUGGGCAAUAGCUUUGCUGGUGGAACGGAACAAAAGACCUUUGGUGAGGGUGGCUUUCUGCAGGACGGCACCCCUGCUGCGGGCGAAGGUUCGGCCUUGCGUUUGUUCUGA